AUGUAUCGUCAAGCGUUUGGUAAACUUGAAACAAUUUUCGAGAACGCAAGUGAUGAUGAAAUUUCAACCACUUUUCAAAAUCAAUCUGAAAUUAACCUUAUUGCCGAUGAAAAUCGCGGCGCGAUCUCAUCAAUCAAUCAACUCCAGAGUGGUAAAACCAAAAAGACUGAAGGCAGACGUAAUGCUAUUGACGCCAACUUAUCACUUCCAAUAACUCAAAAAGACGGGAACUGUCUUGACAAAGAGUCCAUGAAUCGACGACACGCAGCCAAUUGCAUAUAUCCCACACUCAUUUCAACUUGUACAAAUAUUUCAAAUAAUUUAGUUACAAACCCUCUUUAUAAUUUUAGUUCGACCACUUUAUCCAAUUGUUCAGAAAAUGAUUUUAAAAAAAUCCCAAGUAGUCCUUCGAUAAUUUCUUUCAAAGUGCAUAUUCAUUGGAUCUAUCCCUCUUCUCCUGUAAUAAUUAAAUUAUUUCGAGAUAUUUCAUUUCGAAAAUUUAAGAAAAUUGUGGCAAAAAGUUGUGGAAUCAAGAUACCAAAAGAGUGUAUUAUUAUCUGGCAUAGAAAUUUAAAUUGUGAUGGAAUUAGUGUUGGAGAAGAAAAUAAUGAUAAGGUAGUUUUAAAACACUUGCUGAAAUCAGGAAAGGUCAGUGGAAUUAAAAAUGAUGAUAUGUGGAAAUAUUUAAGAUCUUUCUGGUGUAAUAGUGUUGAACUUUCUAUUGUUAAGAGGGAGUUAUUUGAAUAA